CCCGUCCUCCCAGCCGCGCUGCUGCCGCUGCUGUUGGCCCCCUGCGCAUCCCAGGAGCUUCUGUCGUCCGUUCUGUUACCCUGCUCUUUUCGGGACUAUCACCAUGGGGAGACUGGAUGCGCUUCGGCAGUUUAGUUUGAUCAAAUGGCUCCGAGAGGAGAGACAAUCGAGGAAACUGAGUCUCUUCAUUGUUUUCGUCGCUCUGCUCUUGGAUAACAUGCUGCUGACUGUAGUCGUUCCCAUCAUCCCCAGCUACCUGUACACUCUGGAUGAGUCAACAGACGUGGUGUUGAAGAACAGCACAGCAUCACAGCCGGCAGCUCCAGGAACCUUUCACAGCAUUGUGUCCUUAUAUGAUAACACCGUGAGGUCUUCAGGUUCCAACACCACAGCCAGGUCUCCGGACCUGGUCCCUACGGCCCCCGCUGCCACACAGCUGCCACACAACUCCUCUGAAUGCCCCCAGUCUGCCAGCACGCUGCUCAAUGAGAAUGUCAAAGUGGGAUUGCUGUUCGCCUCCAAGGCCACCGUACAGCUGAUUACCAACCCCUUCAUAGGCCCACUCACAAACAGAAUAGGAUACCAGCUUCCCCUAUUCGCUGGCUUCUGUAUCAUGUUCCUCUCUACUAUCAUGUUUGCCUUCUCAUCGAGCUACGCUCUGCUGUUUGUGGCCAGAUCCCUGCAGGGUGUGGGCUCGUCCUGCUCCUCUGUGGCUGGGAUGGGAAUGCUUGCGAGUGUGUACACUGAUGAUGAGGAGAGAGGCAAGGCUAUCGGGAUCGCCCUGGGGGGGCUGGCACUGGGAGUGUUAGUUGGACCCCCAUUCGGCAGCGUGAUGUAUGAGUUUGUUGGGAAGACUGCUCCUUUCCUUAUUCUGGCUUUCCUGGCUUUGUUUGAUGGAGCUCUGCAGCUCUUUGUUCUUCAGCCCACCAAGGUGGAACCAGAGAGUCAGAAGGGGACCCCGCUAUUGACGCUAAUGAAGGAUCCAUACAUUCUGAUCGCAGCUGGUGCCAUUUGUUUUGGAAAUAUGGCCAUUGCCAUGAUGGAGCCAACGCUGCCAAUCUGGAUGAUGGAGACCAUGUGUUCCAGUAAAUGGCAGCUAGGCGUCGCUUUCUUACCAGCGUCCAUCUCCUACCUUAUUGGAACCUACAUCUUCGGUACGUUGGCGCACAAGAUGGGGAGAUGGCUUUGUGCUCUCAUUGGAAUAGUGCUGGUUGGAGUCAGUGUAAUAUGUGUUCCAUUUGCCAAAAACAUCUAUGGUCUGAUUGUUCCAAACUUUGGUGUUGGUUUUGCUAUUGGCAUGGUGGACUCAUCUAUGAUGCCUAUCAUGGGUUACCUGGUGGACCUGCGCCAUGUGUCUGUUUAUGGAAGUGUGUAUGCCAUUGCUGAUGUGGCUUUCUGCAUGGGAUUUGCUUUAGGUCCAUCAAUCGGAGGAUCCAUAGCUGAGAGUAUUGGCUUCCCCUGGCUGAUGACCAUCAUUGGAAUAGUGGAUAUUAUUUUUGCUCCUCUUUGCAUCUUCCUCAGGAGUCCACCGGGACAAGAAGAGAAAAUUGCUAUUUUGAUGGACACCAACUGUUCAAUGAAGACGAGGUCCUACUCCACACAGGGGACGUACUACCAGGGUGAAAACAUGGAUCCAGAAUAUGACGAUUAUGAUUAACAGGACAGCAGCCAUGCAGGUUAACCCUUCAGAGGAUCUAUUUUGUUGUACAAAAAAGGAACACAGAAGAAAAAAACCCAAGAUAUUUCCAUGUGAAUGUCCCGCAUUCAGUCUUCACUAUUCUGUGUCCUCUUAGCAGUUGUACUGGAGCAAACCAAAGUUGUUCUUGAUCUGUGGUUGCGAGUGCAUUGUGUGAGAGAUAUUUUUUUAGCCAACAGCCUUAUUCAGUAGAAAGAUGUGUCAAAAAGCACUUUAAGGUAGUAGGAGGGUGCUGAGCAACAAGUACGCUUUAGUGGUUUAUUUUGGAUACAAAUCUGUCUUCAUUUAUUUGUCAGCCAUUAAAAGUCUCAUUUUCAUCUACUGUAAGUCCAUGAUGCUGUCUAGAGUAUUAUUACCAGACCUUGUGCACGUUGGUAUUAUAUUGGGUAAUUGUGUGGUAUGUCGAGAAACUGUUGUUUGUUAAA